CUGGAACAUUUGUAAUCCGACGUUAGAAGUCUGCGGAUCGUGGCCAAAAAUCGGAGUGUCCCAGCCAGCUGUCAUUCUGACUCCUCCUGACUCUGCUCUGAACUUCGCGUGUGUGUCUGUCUGAGUGUCCGAAGAUUUGGAGUUACUGUUAGUUGACACUAAUACGAGAGCGAGUGAAAUACGAGAAAUACAAGAAAAAACCGAACGUGAAUCGCGCGAGUGCAAAAAGUAAAGAAAAUAGAAAGAAGAAGAAAACCCCAAACAAACAAACAAACAAAAAAAAAUAGUGCGAAAAAUCGAUAUAAGAAAACCUGAAGAAAACGAAACUCGGCAAUCGUGGUCAAAAUGGUGCGGUUAAGUGCAGCCUGGAGCUGCUGUUUUUUGGCCCUGAUUGCGUUGGUAUCCACUGUCGCCUCCUCCGCUGCGGAUUAUCCGGGUGUCAUCGAACUGGUGGGUUAUAGCAAUCGCCGCGCACGGACUUACUUCCAAGAGCAACCCCGCUCCAAUCCCAAUCCCAAGCCGGGUUUGACUUCGGCCAAAACCCGGGCGGAUAUUGAGACCGUGAAGCGGAAUAUCCGUAAAUACGAUCGUUUGCUAGAGUUGGAUACGAAAAAUCUGCCAGAGCAGCAAAAGGAUAUGCUCGCCAGGAUUGUGGAGCGAGUGGCCAGGCUCAAGGAAUCCCUGGACAUUGAGGAGCAGCAAUUUAACCAGCAGGAAGCUACCUCCUCCAGGAGCAGUAGUAGUACCACCACUAGUGCAUCCAGUACUCAAGAAUCGCAAACAGAAGCGGAAACGGAGCUGGAUCAGGAGCCGAUCGAGCAGAGCACACAGCUGCCCACUGGAGCCACCGAAGCUGAAACGGAUCCCACCCUAAUCCUAGACGAAACUACGCUGCUGGAGCUGCAGAACACGAUGAACGAGCAGGCUGCCAUGAGCACCAUAAUGAAGGAAAUGCCCACGACCACGGAUAUGAGUCAGCAGGAAGCGGAAUCGGAGGUCCCCGACGAGGAGGGAGAGACCACCUCACCAAAUCUGACCACCCAAUCGGAGGCAGCGACGACCAGUGAUGAAUCCCUCACCGAUUCCACUGAUCCCGAUGAUCAAUUCGUAGCUGCCAGAUCGAAUAACAAUAUAGCGGCCAUAACGGCAGCGGAUGAUGCCGAUGGCACCACCACAACCACCGCCAAUACGGGCAGUCAGCAGCGCACGUUGACCACCAUGGGAAAACUUAAGAAUCGGGCCACCAAGCGACCCUUCGCCCACAAGGUCACCGCCGCCCUGAAACGAGGAGGUCAGCGUCCGAGUAGCGUGAGUGCGGCAGCUGCGAGUGCGGCAGCGGCCUCAAAACCCAGUAGCAGCACCACCACCGCCGCCGCCGCCAGCAGCACCACCCAGAAACAGAAAUUGGCCACCAACAGUUUCCAGCAGAAGCAGCAGCAAGCGAAGCCCCUGCAAAAGGUCACACCUUCGAUUGGCGGUGGUGGAUCAUCCAACCCGUCCUCGGCAUCCAUUCCCUCGGCUACCACGAAUUCCGCAGCUCCCUCCUUGCCUAUCGAGCAAUUGUAUACCCGUACUCCCCAGGCCAAUAUCCCAUUGGCAGCAGCAGCAGCAGCAGCAACCUCAUCCGCCUCAGCAGCGGCAGCAGCAGGAUCAGCAGGAUCGGGAGCCACACCAGCCACCUACAGCAGCCAGCAUGACAGCAUGGUAUACGAUGGACAUGUCAAUGCGUCGGCCUUGAUCGACAGCCUGAACACAAACGCUCGGGAGGAAUACUACCAGCAGAAACUAGGAGCAGGCAACAAGGAUAACAAGAAAACGGCGACAGCGAAACCGACGAAAUAUCAUUAUUAUCCGCACAAUCAGCACAUCUAUCUGCUGCCAGAGUGUGCCAUUCAGCAAGUUUGUAACGCCGUCUACGUGAGAUUGAACUACACCCAACCACUGUGCGCCUGUCCAUCCAGAUAUCGUGAUCCCUGCUCGGCCAGUCUGAAUGAAGAUGAUCAGCAUACCACAAAAUUGGUUGGCGAUACCAAGAAGAAGGCCAUCACAUUGGCCAAGACCUGCGAGGCCACCACCGAGAUGCGCGAGUGCCGCUCGCCCAAGGAUUGGUCCCUUCUGGCGCUCCAAAACACACGAACCGGCAAGUCGCACUACUUGGUCAUCUGCCGCUGUCCCGAUCACUUCAAGAUGGAGGGACCCAUGGCCCAUGACCAGCCCACCUAUGCCAGCGUGCCCGGAAUCCGAGUAUUCGGCAUGAUGUGCGUUAAGCCGGGAUAUUCGGUGCGCAAGCCAAGCAACCAGCCACCCAAGAGGUAUCAACUCCAGAAGCCAUUCUAUCGCCCCUCGGUGGGAACCACGGUGGGUGGCCAAAAGGAUAGCUACGGCAGACCCAUCUACGGUGGCUCCAGCUCCUCGGGCAGCUCGGCCAUCAGCUCCAACUACCAGCCGCAGGACUCGAGCUUCCAGAGCGGAGGCAGUAGUUCGUAUCAGUAUCUCAACCGACCGGAGAGCGGUGUUAGCCACAGCUCCGCCAACUUCCGUCCGGAUCAGUUCUCGAUCAACAAUUUCCCGAGCAGCAACUACGGACGCAACAACGAGCGGCGCGGCGAUCUGCCGCCCAUCGAAGCUAUAUCGAGUGGAUCGGGAACCGGAGCCGAGGAGCAGCCGAGCAGCAGUACACCAGCGGCUGAGGAGGAGGAGGCCAGGACCACUGUGCAGGCAGAACAGGAGACGGAACCGGCGGAGGAAGCAGUUCCAGCCGCGACAGCGGAACUGACCACCACAGCGGAGGAGGCUGCACUCGGAAGCCGGACCAGGCGAUCCCUACCCGAUACGGACGACUAUGAGCCGGAGUUCCCGUGGGAUCGCGUGCUCGAAUUCCAGCAGAGCAUCAUUUGGGACUAAGUUCCGGAAAUACCAAGCAACCAAUCCUAGUAGAUACAAUUUCAAUAGCACACAAGGCGACAUUUCCGGCGACUAUAAAAACUGUGCAAAAAAUCAACUGUGACUGAAGAAUGAGAUGAGAAAAACGGAAGUAAAGUUCACGUCACGUAACGUCUAGCGUAACGUAACGUAAUUAGCUAAGCUUUUCAUAAUUUAAAAACAUGUUUUUAGGCAUUUCACUUGGCAUUUCUUCCCAGCGUACCACCAUCCCUCUUAAUUUAUAUAUUUAUACAUGUAUUUAUUUACAAAACAAUUUACGAAUUAAUUAAACAAUUACACGGGCCCGGGCACGAUCGCACUAAUUGUUUAAUUAAUUUGUUUUGCAUUUAAGCGUAAACAAGGCCUCAACUUUUUAAACUAAUAUUUAACGAUUUAAACGAAUAGUUUAGGUGCAAAACUGGAAACUAUUUAAAAAAAAACGAAACAUAUGAAAAAAAUGAUAAUUAAAUACAUAAACCAACACCGAAAUUAUUUAAUCUAAAUUUAGUUGCUUAUUUAUGUUUAGACCUAAGCUGCAUUUACUAGUAGUUAAAUAAAAUACUAUUUAAAAAAC